AUGAGUGUGCAAGGCGUUUCCCUUACGCGGAGCAAUUCCUAUAGGCGGUUGCUGACGCAGGACCAGAUGGAUUUACGGCAGAGCAUAAUGGUGGGGGAUAUAGCGGUGGUGGUGCCCGAGCGGCGGAGUCCCGAGCGGCGUAGUCCUGAGCGGCCUGAGCGGCCUGAGCGCCCCGAGAGGUCUGAGAGGUUUGAGCGGCAUGAGCCCAGGCAGCGGUACGAGCGUGAUCGGGAAAAGGUUCCGAGUCAGAAUGUGCGGCGGGAGCCGCGGAUUACGCGGAGUAAGACUAUAAAUGUGGGAAGCGACUCAGUGCGGAAGAAAGCGUUGCAGAACUCGCAGAAGCAGAAUAUGCUGAAUGCGCCUGCGCAUAAGAAAGUGCCACAGAAUUACUACAUGCAGCCACACUACCAACAACAACAACAGCAGAUGAGACAGGCGUAUCCGGCUAUACAGCGGUCGAAAUCGGUGACAGCUUCUAACAUAGGGAAAACGUACUCGGAUCGCGGGCGUGAGCACGGGCGUGAGCACGAGCGAGAGCACGAGCGUGAGCGCGACCGCCAACAUGAAUUAUCGAGGAGACACAGCCAUGUCUACAGAGCUCCACAGGUGGAGGAUAGACGUGCUGUUGAGACUCCCACAGUGUCAGCGUACCAGUUGCAGAAGCAAAAGAUGAAGCACAGCUUCAAGUUUGAGAACGGUGAAGUGUUCACGCCCAGAAGGGAGCUACAGGCUGCUAAGAACCCACAGGAGAAAAUAAACCCAUACGCUUACAAAGACAAAUCCUCAGCAUCUAGCAUCCACAGCGAUCUAAGCGAUGACGAGGACGAAUUCGACCUGAGUGUGGGCAGCAUCAACUUUCAGAAAAGACCUGCUGUGAGCCCCAUUAAAGCAAAACCAAAGGCAAAAGAACCGGUGGUCAAGGAGAAAAAGAAAUUCGGCUCCUUUUUCAAAAGUAUAUGGAAGUCAAAAUCUCUCUCCGAUGCUGAACAGCCUCCAAAGAAAUUGUUUAUUGCAGAACCAAAAGUUGAACAAAAACCGGCAACCCAGCCACCGGAGAUAAAAGUGAGUGAACCUGCGCCCAAGAAGAACCCCAUCGAUGAAAUAUAUGAUAGGUUGGUAGUACAGUGGGAAAAGGUCACUUUUAUACCUCCUGAUGAAUUAGAGACUAUCCGGUCUAUAUCAUCUUCGGAUAGGUCCUCUUUAAUCAAUUUUUACUUACCUAAUUUGUCAUCGACCUCGUUAUCCUCCAAUGGAAACUCUACAAGCUUUGCUAGUGCUGUGAGGAAAGAUAUGAUGUCGACUAUGAAUAAGAAAUUGAGAUUCUCUAACGAGGUACUGCUAACCGAUACAUGGGCUCCCGAAGUCUACGAAAGAAGUAACGACUCCUUCUUAGACAACUUCAUUGAGGUUGGUGGAUCUACUUCAUCUGGUAAUGAUAGUAGUGCUAACACAACGACUCAAAAACCUGAAAUUAAACAGGAAAUAAACGAGUUUAAAAAGAACGAAAUGGUGGUUCAUGAAAAAAGUGCCAAGUAUACUCAUAUAUACUGUUGA